AUGGGUAGAUCCCGGUGCAGGAACUGCCGCCUGCUCUUCAUGUUGGUGAUCACUGCCGGCUUCUUCGUGGUCGAGUUGGUGGUCGGGCACCUGGGCAACUCCCUGGCGCUGGUGUCCGACUCCUUCAACAUGCUGUCCGACCUGAUCUCGCUGGUGAUCGGCCUGCUGGCGGCCACCCUCGGCAAGAUCACGAGGCACCCCCGCAACACGUACGGCUUCGCCCGGGCCGAGGUGGUGGGCGCGCUGGCCAACGCCGUCUUCCUGACCGCCCUCACCUUCACCAUCCUGGUCGAGGCCGUCAUCCGCCUCAUCCGGCCCCAGAGGAUCGACGACGUGGAGCUGGUGCUGAUGGUGGGCGCCCUGGGGCUGGCGGUGAACAUCAUCGGGCUCAUCCUCUUCCAGGACUGCUGCUUCAGGAAACAAGUGUCCUGCAGCCCCACAGGUGCCCCACGGUUUCUAGUUCAGGAACUAAAAUGUGAAGGUCGCCUGGGGGCCAAAGAAAACAAAGCACCAGCAACUGCAUCAGCUUUAAAUAUUCGAGGUGUUUUUCUACAUGUAAUGGGCGAUGCAUUAGGAUCUGUGGUGGUCGUCGUCGCUGCUACUAUAUUCUAUAUACUUCCACUUAAUGAAGAUGAAUUCUGUAACUGGAAAUGCUAUGUAGAUCCAAGUAUGACAAUCAUCAUGGUUAUAAUAGUUCUAUUAUCUGCUUUCCCACUCAUAAAAGAAACAGCAGUUAUCCUGCUCCAGAUGUUACCCAGAGGGAUCAAACUGCAUGAAUUUGAUGAAAAAUUGUGUGCAGUUGAUGGAGUGCAUGGGAUUCAUGAACUCCAUAUAUGGGAGUUGGCUGGAGGUCGGCAUAUUGCAUCUCUUCAUGUGAAAUGCCUGGAUCUUUCCUCCUACGAAACAGCAGCAUUACAAAUACGUGAAAUCUUCCAUAAUGCAGGAAUUCACUCUGUUACCAUUCAGGCAGAGUUUGUUGAUACAGUGCCUGGUUCAACUCUAAAGUGCAAUUUUCCCUGUGUCCGAAAGGAAUGUGAAAAUAAAAUGUGCUGCAUUUCUCAAAAUGACUGCAACCUUGUUGCAGAAGGUUCCAUAGAGAUACAAAACAAUUCUCCAGGGCCAUCGAGAAAUGGCUUCAUGGGUAACAAUGCAGCAGAAGAUAAUGUAGAGGAACUUUCUAUUCUUCCAUCCUAUGACCUGACAACAACUAAACAGGAAAAAGGAAAGGAACCCACAAAUGGGCUGCCGCAUUUGCACAGUACAUCAUUAUAA